UUGUUUUCUAAACCUAAUCAUCUUUUUGAGAGGACUUUCGGCCUCUUUCAUCAGUAAAUAGGGAGAUUGACAACAACAGUCAAAUCACAUUUGACCUUUGGAACGUGAGCAUGAAGCAGCGAGAAGAAAUAAAGGCAACGUGAAAUCUUUAGUAAAGGUUUGGCUCACAGGAAUUUAGCAUCAACUGCCUUUAUCUCCACCAUCGUUUUUGAGCAGGUUUCAGAUUGUAGUAGCAUUAGUGAAUUAUUGUGUGUGUGUGUGUGUCUUUGUGAAAACAUAAAAAUGUUUUCCCCCUUCUCCUGGAUCCCGGGACCUUUUGAAUGGACACCUUUUCAUUCAAACCCAAUUGACUGCUUUCUUCAAGGUCUUGUCGGUGCAUGUGGAAUAUCAGUGUUGUGCAAUCUGAUGAGAGUAUACUUCUUCAUUCAAACAUGCAGUGAUUCUGAAACUGAAAGUAAAGAGAAGUCAUCCUCACCCAUCAAUCCCCUGAGAGCGAACUGGAGAACAGUGCUCCAGUUCUGGUCCCUGACGCUCCUCCUGUCUCUGGUGGGCUCGAGGGUCUCCUCUCUCAUAGUGCUGGAGUUUUCUCUCAGAGCUAUUUCUGCCUGGGCGUCUGCAGGACUAGAUACCAGUGGCAGAGGCCUAGACCUUCUCCUGAUCCAGUGCCAGUUUUCCCUGGGUUGCUGCCUCACCUGUACUAUGACCUUCCUCCAUCAGGGGGCUCCACACAGCUCUCUCAGCUUGUUUCUGGCAGCUGCGCUCAGCUGGGCACUGGCAAGUGUCAGCCACAGUCUGUGGAGCCAUGUGGCCAGACUCUACCCACUGCAUAGCACAGAGCGUUACUGUGGGAAAUGCAUCAACCUCCUGACCUCCGGACACACCAUACUGGCUUCACUGCAAAGAGCGGUUGUCUUGGCUUUUGCUCUAGCAACUGUGGCUUCCACCGCUACGGUUUAUGACCACUUCCUGUGCCAGAAGGAUGCUCUAAAGUUUUGGACUCCACUGACACUCUGCUACACUAUGCUGGUGGUCUAUAUCCAAGAGGGUCAGCAUCAGCAGACUGCUGUAGAGGCCCUCUUGCACUCUGUAGUGCUGCGACUGGGAGCUUUGCUGGUGCUCAUGCUGACAGUGGGCGACUGGUCUGAUGUCCUCCACGUCCCCAUCUAUUUCCUGGGUGAAGCAGCCUGUCUGCUGCCCUCUCAGGACCUUCUGCAAGUCAUGUUAAUGGAAGAAGAAGACACGAGCACGAGCAAACAUGAACAGAGCUCCGAUCACAAAACAAGGAAAUACACGAGGAAAUCAUCAUCAGACGACAGCUGA